GAUACUAUUGAGAUGAUAUUUAUACCCGGCAAGGCCGGAGGAUAUUAUGAUGAUAUUGAUAUCCGGUUCGAGUCCGGAGGAUACUAUUGAGAUGAUAUUGAUACCCGGCAAGGCCGGAAGAUAUUGUGAUAAUAUGGAUACUCGGUUCGAGUCCGGAGGAUACUAUUGAGAUGAUAUUGAUACCCGAUGAGGCCGGAGGUUGAUGGCGAUGAUGGUGGUCCUUAUGAAGACAGUUAUGAUGCAUUGUGAUAUUGAUGGUAUAUUUUGCAUUCAUUCCUGCAAGCGCAUCGCCUAUCAGUGAAGAAGAGGCAUAUAAACCUCCAACUAAGAGAAACAUCCUGGAGGCUUUCAGGUGGUUGAUGGAAGACCUUAAAUCAGGUGACUCGUUGGUGUUCUACUUCAAAGGAUAUGGCUUACAGCAACCUGAUUUUAAUGUGAUCUGUCCUCUCGACUUUAGGACUGAAGGCAUGAUCAGUGAUAAUGCCAUCAAUGAUAUUCUUGUUAAACCAUUGAUUCCAGGUGUUACACUUCAUGCCAUUGUUGACGCUUUCCAUAGUGGAACUAUUCUCGACUUACCUUGGGUAUACAACGAGAAUAAAUGGAAAGAUAACAGACCCCCAUCCGGCGUUAAUAAGGGCACAAGCGGUGGCAGGGCCAUCAGUUUCAGUGCUUGCAAGGAUAAUCAACUAGCUGCAUACACCUCUGCUUUCUGUGCUGAAAAAUUUAUGACUGGUGCCAUGACUUGCCUAUUUGUAAGAGCUAUCUGGGAAAAUCCGGAUAUAACAUACCAAGGAUUACUUGAUUAUAUGCACAAGGAAAUCGAAAAGGUCAACAGAGCCAGAAGUCCACUGCUGAAGGUACUUCAACGCAAGAUAGACCAGGAACCAGUGUUAUCAUCUUCUGAAAAAUUCAACACUAACAUGAAGUUCAAGCUCUGAAUCUGCUGCAGAAUUACGAACUUGGACCUAGAGACUUCCAGUUCCAUCACUAAAGGAGGGCAUGGGCGCGCGCUGCUUGUUUCAUACUUAUCUCUUGUAUUGCUUCCAUUUCUUUUGACCCUUGUUUAUCUUUCUCGAGAAGAAGAUCUACAUAUUUGCAUCAAAAUUCUCUUUCGUAUUUUUCUAUGGUGAUUUGGACUGUAUAAUUUGUAUCUAUGUCUCUGAGUUAAUAAUUGAGAGUUUUCCUGUAA